AUGAUCCGGAAAAGGAAUCCUCUGCUCCAUCAGGAGAUAUCCUGGCAAUCUGCAGAAAACGUAAAGUUCCUCGAACCUUCUGGCCUGCUCUUGAUGUGGAGCAAGUUUUCCUUCUCAUCCAUGAGAAAGGGACCUGGAUUGUCAAACAAAUUAACUCUGUAG